UUGGUGCAGCGUUUCAGCUCUUGCUUUAUGAUUAUUCCUGCUUUGUGCGACAGUUUGAUCCCAAUAUUCACCGGAAGAACGAGUCCUACCGCCACCUAGUGGUCGUCACGCGGAACUGUCGCUCUGCUCGUCACGGGUGGAGGAGGCCACGCGCCACCGGCUCUGAUGCUGAUGCUGAUGAUCCUGAGGAAACAGAGCAGCCUCUUCUCCGUCACACCGACUCUGUGGAAGCCGUCUGUCAUUGUUGCGUAGUACAGUGUCGGCGUAAGGAUGACGUCAUCUGAAAAUGCUGCGUCACGUGAAGCGUGUGAGGCGCCUCUUUCCACUUCGGGGGCUGGAGCUCUGAGGGUUGUUCUGCUGGGGAGGACAGGAACGGGCAGAAGCUCCUCGGGCAACACCAUCCUGGGCCGGCCGGCCUUCGCGGCCGACGCCUCCCCCUGUUCUGUGACCUCACACUGCACGAGGCAGACGGGGACGGUGGGCGGGCGCAGCGUCUGCGUGGUGGACACGCCCGGCCUCUUCCACACCCAGCUGGCUCAGCAGGAGGUCAUGGCGGAGGUGGGCCGGUGCGUGGAGCUGUGCGCUCCGGGGCCGCACGCCUUCCUGCUGACCCUGCAGCCGGGCAGGUUCACCCCCGAGGAGAGAGACGCCCUGCAGUGGAUCAAGGCUGUGUUUGGGCCGGGAGCCGCCAGGUUCACUCUGGUGCUGUUCACCUGGGGAGACCAGCUGCAGGGAAAAGGCAUCGACGCCUUCCUGCAGGAGAGCAAGGAGCUGUCGGAGCUCGUCAGCAGCUCCCAGGGAGGAUAUCACAUCCUGGAUAACCGUAACCAGGAGCCGGGUCAAGUUACGGAGCUACUGCAGAAAGUGGAAAAGAUUGUGGUGGACAGUGGAGGAGGUUGCUAUAGCAACGAGAUGUUUAAGGAGGCUGAGCGGGCCAUAAAUGAGGCACAGGAGAAAAUCCUGAAAGAAGCAGGACACGAGCUGGAGUCCCCUCAUAGGAGUCAAGACAAAGAGGGGUCAUCAGAGAGGAGGAGGAGGGAGGAGGAGGAGGAGGAGGAGGAGGCCAGGAGGAGGAUGGAGAGGCUGUUCUGGUGCGAGCUGGCGACGGCGCUGGGCAAAGGUGCCGCAGAAGGAGCCGGGAUCGUGGGCAAAGACAAAGGGAAGGGCAAAGUGGUGAAGAAGGCCGCAGCUCUGGCAGCAACGCCGCUCUCCAUCAGCUCGGCUGCAAAGGUGGUGGGAGGAGCAGUGAGGGAGGGAGGCAAGGUGUUGUACAAACACAGGAAGACGUUCCUGCGCUGAGACGCGUUCGACCCAAACACAAAGACACCAGGAAGUAAAAAGCGUCACUCACGUCUUCCACUGUUGCGUCAGGAAAAGCUUUAUCUUCAUUCAUCAGCGUUAAGUAAGCGUGUGUGUGUGUGUGUGUGUGUGUGUGUGUGUGUGUGUGUUGGAAGGUCAACAUUGCACCCAGUUGAAAAGAUGACAAAAGACACAGCCACACCUUUGAGUUGAGCUCAUUAUAAUAAAGGUUACGUCAGUAAAAUGAUAAAA